UUGGUUUGUUGAUGGUGUCCUAUCAAAGCUCGAUGACUAUACUAUUUCCCAGUCACCCUCACCCAAUGAAGACUUGAGCGUGAGUACUCAAUAUUCUCAACUGAGCUCAGAAGAGAGUGUCAGAAUCACAGAGUCCUCUACUAGUCUGAUUCAGAGCAUUAAGAAGCUCUCUAGCAAUGACUUCCAGACUCAGGCAGAAGAGGCAGUGAGUAAAGUGCUGAUGAGAUCCAGUCAUUCCUUUAUCACACAGAUCAGCCAUACUGGUCUUCAGAAAAGUCUGCAGGCUGGCUUAUCAUCUAGCUCACCAUCAGAGAUCCAUGUUCUUUCAGAAUCCAUGUCCUCUAUGUCCUCUGAGAAUACAGCCUCUGGAUUAGUGGAAACCUUUGUCAACGGAAUGGCGACUAUUUUCCAGAAAAAUGAGUCCACUGACACUGUGCUACUGGAAAGAAGUGGGAGAGGUUCGCAGUGCUCCCACGGGGGCUCCCAACUGGAUGAUACUGAAUUGAGUGUUAAAAUAUCAGAGGAGAAGCUUUGGUCAACAGCUAAGACCAUCUGCGUCAGUAUGAAGAACACACUUAAGGAUUUCUUCACAGGGCUGAAGCCACCCGGAUCCGAAAGGACAGAAAAUGCUUCUUCCAAAGAGACCCUUGGGGAAAUCCUGGUUGCUAUCCAGAGUGAAAUCUCAAACUUAGGGCGAAUGAAGGAUUCCAGGGAGCUCCUUCAGAUCAAUGAUAUGGUAGGAACUAUGCUUAAGGAGGUUGAGAAAAGUGAGGAUGACAGUGAACAAGUCUGCCAAGACAUCCCUAGAACCUGUUCAUCUUUGUCCACUUGUUUAAAUGGUCGUAGUUCCUUGUCCAGCUCUUCAAAGAGUCCUAGGUCAGAGUGUGAGUUAGAGAUCAACCUCCCUGGCACUCCCAUCCCUGACGAAGUGCCUUUCGAUCUGACCUGCCCCAUCGUCAGGAGCUCCUUCAUCGACACCAGGGUCUCUAAAAUGCCAGAUAUUUCUUCAAGUGACCUAAAGACAAAGAUGAUGGCACACACAGAUGAACGAUCCUCCACUCCUUCUUUCACCAGCAAGGGAACCUCUUUGGUACCAAAGGGAGAUGGGAUUGACAUUGAAGAGAAGGAAGAGUGUAUCCCCAGCAGCUCUGGCCAUCUGAGGGAGCUCUUAAUCACCCCGGACAUCAGCAGUGCCACUGCAUUCCCACUGCAGUACUUGAUGGACUCCAGCAAAGAUGAUGUUAUCUGUUUGGUCACCAUACUGGUGAUAAGGUUGCUAUCGGAGAUCAGACCCUCAGCCCUAGAUGAACCCUCCCAACAGGCAGCAGAUCUGACAGAAACAUCUCAGCAACUCAUCAGACAAGUCCUGUCUGAGUUCUGUGCUGCAUCCAGAUUCUCCAGGACAAAGGCAUAUUCCCAGAACCUGAACAUCCAAAGGGUGUUCAGAGGUGUACAUAAAAACCUCAUGGAGGAGUUUGGCUCUUAUAACACCCUGCAAGCAGCUAUUUCCUCCCAGGACCCUGCAUUUGACAGAGUCCUGGUAAAGUCCUUGACCCAGCAGCUGGUACAGGGAUGCAAGGAGGCGUCAAGACCAGCUUCUGCUGCAACAAACCCAUCAGACCAGGCUGAGACAGAGAGGGGGGCUGAGCAGAAAGCAAGAAGGAGCUUCCUUUGCUUUUCAAUGACCAAACUCAGGAUCAACUUCAAGCGUUCCAAGAGAGGAAACAAAAAGGACUGCCAUUCAGUCCAGGAACAGACUGAGAUUCCCUCUACUGAUGGACAUUGCAUAGCUCCAGUUGGAGAGGUUUCUCCCUCCAUAUCUCAGCCUGUCAAAAAACAAUCCUUGAUUGUCAGGGUCUUUUCAGCAAUGAUGAAGCCAUUCAGGCGCUUCACCAAGAAGAACCUGUAACCUCUUAAGCUGCAUGAAGAUCUGCUUUUGUAACAGCAAGACUUUUGAAAAGAGGAAUUUCUGCAUGUCUACCCUUUCAAAGUCUAUUUGAUCAAAUAAAUGCAAAUUAUUUUACAAGAAUUUCAAGUGUUUUGGAAGAUUAGUAAAACUGAAGCAGCUUUUCUCAGAGAAAUGCACUAGUUCUCCCUUGGUUACACAUUUAUUGUGCAGUUUUUGAGUUGGCAGGACUUGGGGCAGCAGGUAGCCUUGUGGUUAGAGCGUUGGGCCAGUAACUGAAAGGUUGCUAGGUCAGAUCCCUGAGCUAACCAUGUAAAAAUAUGACGUUCUGCUCCUGAACAAGGUAGUUAA